UGUUUAGUCGUCACAGAAUCCAAAGAAAUAGCACAUUUUUAAUAAUUUAAAAAAUAAAAAUUAUCUGAAAAAAUAAUUAAAAAUUAAAAUAAGUGGGAAACUAUAAAGAAACCACUAGUACUGUACUUUUUGCAACAUUCUAAGAUACCUCAAAAAGGAAAAAAGAAUCAUCAAAGGGUUUUUGUAUGCUAUUUGAUCUCAUCAUUUUACAAUGGCUAGGCCGUCAUGGUUAGUUGACAGUAAGAGGAUUGCAACAAAAAUUAAGAGUGCAUCGGGUGAUCCCGGAACAGUGAAUUGGAAGAGCAACCCUACAAAAGCUUGCCCGAAGUGCCAGUUUGUCAUUGAUAAUAAUGACGUCAGCCAUGACUGGCCAGGAUUGCCAAGAGGUGUAAAAUUUGAUCCAACUGAUCAAGAGAUUAUUUGGCACUUGCUUGGAAAAGUCGAAGGUGGAAAUCGGAAUUCCCAUCCUUUUAUUGAUGAGUUCAUUCCAACUGUUAACGAGGAUGAUGGAAUCUGCUAUACGCAUCCUCAAAAUUUACCAGGUGUUAAGCAGGAUGGAAGUGUUUCACACUUCUUUCACCGAGCAAUUAAGGCUUAUAACACAGGGACGCGUAAGCGUAGGAAAAUACAUGGUGAUAAUUAUGGCGAUGUCCGUUGGCAUAAGACUGGUCGCACAAAACCUGUUAUCAUAGAUGGAAUUCAAAGAGGGUGUAAGAAGAUUAUGGUUCUUUAUAUAAGCCCAGCUAAGGGUGGGAAAGCGGAGAAGACUAAUUGGGUGAUGCACCAGUAUCACCUCGGAACUGGGGAAGAUGAAAGGGAAGGGGAAUAUGUUGUGUCUAAAGUAUUUUAUCAGCAGCAGCAGCAGGUCAAGCAGGGUGAAAAAAAUGAACAAGAAUUUCCCGAGGAUUCCGAGUGUCUGGUUGCUAAAGUAGAUCCACAUACUCCCAAGUCCGUGACUCCUGAACCCCCUCGCGUUGAGAGACUAUCUUCUAGUGUGGAUGCAAGACAGGAAAUUGCUGCUUCUAUCAUCAGUCCCAUUGGCCAGUGCCACGAGGUUGAGGAUUAUAUAGAAAAUGACAUGAGAGCUCUUCCCGAGCAGACCGAGAAUCAAGGUCAAAUCAUAGAGAAUCAAAUUGAUGAAACCGGGACAAAAGUUGAGACUGAGGCUGGUGAUGACCCGAAAUGGUGGGACAGCGAGUCGCAAUAUUUGCUAGAUUCUCAGCAACUUGUGGAAGGGCUAUCCUUAUGUGAUGAUCUUCUCGCGAGCCAGUCUCCAAAUAGGGAUGGUAACGAAAACGACAAAGUGCAGAACUGUAAACCUAAGCUUGCUGAUUAUGCGCGUUUAGGACCCGAGGAUCUGAAGAAGGAUCUGGAGGAAUGCCAACAGUUCGUUCUUGAUCCAGCCAACAUAGAGAUGGACACACCACCUGAUUUCCGGCUUAGUCAACUUGAGUUUGGAUCACAGGACAGUUACAUCGCAUGGGGUGGGAACAAGUAUGGUUUUGAUUCGCAAAACCUUUGAUAUCACAGAUGCCAUCGAGAUUGCUAGUCCUUACGCAUCAGAUUUUUGUCAAGCUUGUGGUGAAACAAUGUCUACCGCAACUAUUACUUGAUGCAACUUACUGUUUUGUAACCAAUGCGUGGCAAUGCCUCAAAGGCGCGUUAAAGCUUUUUGUGCAAGAACGUUGACCGAUCUGGAUUUCUUGCUUGUUUAACCUUGUACAUAAAAGUUUAUAACUGCAUAACUAAGGUUGUUUAGUACUACUAUUUCCUAUGUAAGUUUGCAACUUUUUGCUUGCUCAGCUGGUUUGUGCAUGUUAGAACUCUUCUUGUCUA